AUGAUCGGCCCGGCAUUGAGCAACCAAUACGAGUUCGCGGACACCGAGAAUGUGCUCCGGUUGUCGUACGGAGCUGCAGAGAACGUCUUUUUUGAACUCGGCUACAACCUGCAGCUACUGCUCUACUUGCGAGGUGAUGGCUAUCUGACGGAAGCAGUGCGAGAACGUGGUCUUGCCUAUUGUUCUGUGGUUCUGCAGCGCGGCUUCUCCUACUACAACGUCAAAGAGGGCGCUUUCGCCAAUUUUCGAGACUCGUUAAACAAGUUUUCUCAUCCGGAGGGAACUGCAGGUUCGACCUCGCCUACAUCUUAUCAACAACCCCAGCGGAGGUUGAACCAUGACAGUGCAGCCUGCAAGCUCGACACGUUAGCCACUCCGCUGCAUUGCCACGAGUGCUCUUGGGUCAAAGGGCAGAUGUGA